CAAGGCAACUUUAAGAAGUAACGAUUACUUCUCGAGUAGUUUGCAAGGCGUUGAAUUUUGAAAUUGGUCCAUUUCACCAUUCUAUUUAUUCUAUUUUACAAAUUGAAAUUCUGGGGAAUUUACGUAAUGUAUUAAUAUAAAUUUGAUACUCGCCUGGUCGAAUGCCCGGGCACCCCCGCUGUGUUCAAUAAUAAAAUAAAUAAUCGGAAACGUAGAAUACUUUUAUGGGAACGGUUAUGAAAGAUACAUUGCAAGUUCCAAAUGGUUCGGUUGCUCUGCAACACUCUUUGAGUCCUCAUAAAGCCAGUUUUCAUCAUUCAUCAAUCCUCUGCAACACUCAUCUUUGAGUCCUUAUAAAGGAGGUUUCCAUCAUUUCAUCAAUCCUAAUAAGCAUCAACGCAACCACAUAACAUAACUUAUAAGCUCCAAGCUUAAGCUCUGCAGAAGAAAUUGCAGCACAAACUCCCACCCCUGAAACUUGAUAAGAAACAUCAUGUAAUAAAGAAACAAAAAACCUUAUAUCAAAGGAAAUAAGUUAAUCAUAUAUGUAAGUUUUGCACAGUUCAUCGAAUCAAUUUCAUCAACUUGCAAAGACAGACAAUUGGCAAUUAAACCUGCUACAGGACGAAAUACUUCUACACCAAUAAAGACCAUGUGAUCAUGUAAUUCAUAAGGCCCGUUUAUAUUUUAGUGGGACAUGUGAUCAUAUCUGAAAGUAUCAUACAAAAUUCAGUAAGAAGGUUAUAAGGAAAACAUUCGAUCUCUAUUAAAACGGUAUAUUUGCCGAAGACAUUCCUAAAUGCUCAACGUUUUAAGAAUAAAUUUAUGAUAGAUGUAAUGUCGAAUGAAGAAUAAAAAACUGAAAAACAUAAUUUGAACCGCUCAAGUGAUAAGUAUAAAUGCUCAAAUCAAUACUCAGCUAGCAAACACCAAAAAGGGAACUUUAGUUGAUUAGUAGUAGUUUCAUUAAAGUAAGGACAAAAACAUACCCCAAUGAAUAACCCCAGCGGAUGGCUUCAAAGGUCCAAAUACUACUCCAUCCGUUCCAACAUAAGUGUCGUUUUAACAAAAUGGAGAAAUUUCAAAAUAAGUGUGGAUAUUUUUUUAGUAGGGUUAGUUGAGGAUAUUGAAGUAAUUUUAUUACCCUAUUUAAGAGUUUCUUAAACUAUGUACAAAGUGUAAGAUGACACUAUUUAAGAGUUUCUUAAACUAUGUGCAAAGUGUAGAAUGACACUUAUUUUAGAAUGGAGGGAGUACUACAUAGGUUCUGCUGGAAUUUAUUUUACUCUUAACCCAAGAUUUCGAUGUGGCUACAUUAUAGUAUUAAAGGCAUUGGGAUAUGAAUAUGUUGUUUGCCUAGUAUGGGGCUUCACUGCUUUAAUUUCCGAUCUCAAGCAAAUCGUACCAGAUUUAUCAAAAUUGUGAUCCCUUCAUGAAUUAUAUUACAAAAAGAAAGUAUAAUGUAAACGAAUUUGGCUAAAGAAAAAUGAACUCAGUUGAAUCUAAACUUAAAACAAACAAUUUGUGGAAGAAUAACCUGGAUUUGCUGGUACCGGUGCGAGCUUGGUGGAUGGCGGAGCAGCUGGCUGUCACUGUUGGAAUCCCUUUGCGGUGUGGGUUGCCGUUCUGCUGUGAAUUGAUGUAUGGUCGGCGGCCACAAUUGUUCAAUGAGAUUUUUUCCUUCCUUUUGGCCAGAUCUGAAAAUGACGAUAGUUCAACGACAAAGAAAAGCGGCGGAGGGGAAAGAAAUCAAAGUGGGCUGAGGGUUUUACAGGUUCUGUCUAUGUUUUUCUAUUGGAAGCGAAUUUGAGAGAUGAAUCAGGAAAAGAGAGAGGUGGCGAUGAAUUUUUUUUUUUUUUACUUCUUUUAAAAUUGAAAUUGAUUAGGAAUAUUGGAUUUUGAUGGAUAUUGAGUGAUUGUUGAUGAAUCAUGGAGCUAAAAUUGAGGAGUUCAACUGGGAUUGAUUGACUGAAGAGUCUCUUAUCUCCCCCAAAUUGAGGGAUUAUUUAUUUUUUAAUUUUCGGUCAUUCAAGAGUAGGAUCCUGAAAAGUAGGCUUUC